AAAGUUCAACGAUUCAAGUUUUCACUUUAUCGGCUUUAUGAAAGUAGUAAUUUAAUUAAUUCAUACUCUUAUUUAUUAUACUAUUGCAUAGAGUUACUUCAAGCUAAGUCAAAAUCUAGUUGCCUCAAUUUAGGUACGUUGUAAAUUAUUUGGUCAGUGUCAAACAUGGCUCUUAACAAUUGUAGCCGCCAAAUGAGCAGAGUUUUCUCCAGAAUACCAUCGUUCCUUGUAAAGUGCCAACGCACUAUAAGUAUCAGUAAGCCUGUGAAUAUUGGUAUGAUACCAAUUGUUGUGGAACAGACCGGCAGGGGUGAAAGAGCUUAUGACAUAUACUCGAGAUUACUUCGGGAACGAAUUAUUUGUUUAAUGGGACCGAUUAAUGAUGAUGUUAGUUCUUUAGUGGUCGCGCAGCUACUGUUCCUUCAGUCGGAAUCGAGUAAAAAACCCGUGCACCUAUACAUCAAUUCUCCCGGUGGUAAUGUCACCUCUGGUCUUGGAAUAUAUGAUACCAUGCAAUACAUAACUCCGCCUGUUGCUACUUGGUGCGUGGGUCAAGCGUGCAGCAUGGCCUCUCUUCUGCUAGCAGCCGGAGCUCCUGGCAUGCGCCAUGCUCUGCCUAACUCACGUAUAAUGAUACAUCAACCAUCGGGAGGUGUGCGAGGACAAGCUACAGAUAUUCAAAUUCAAGCUGAAGAAAUAUUGAAGCUUAAGGCUCAAAUAAAUGCAUUAUAUGUCCGUCACACGGGUCUGCCAAUAGAUAAGGUUCAGAAUUCAAUGGAGAGGGAUAAUUUCAUGUCUCCAACAGAGGCAAAAGCCUUUGGCUUGAUAGAUAAUAUUCUGGAACAUCCUCCAUCUCAUGUUGAAGACAGCGAGUCACCUACAAGUGCCACAUCAGGAUAGAUCUGAUAGAAGGAUUUUAUGAUGGUUAUGUUGAUUACUAUUACAUAAGUUUGUGGAUUAAUUUAAAAAUAUUUUGUUAUACUUAAUGUAAAAUAAU